GCGUUUACUUUUCGCGGAACAACCCACUCUUUUAACUAAUAAAGUUAUAACCUGUGGCCCUGCGAAAAGCAUCAGCCAGCAGCCACCACGAUAAAAGGCUGUGCUAAGUUCACCGGUAGCACUCAACGCCGAUCACUUGCUGCUACAGCAAUAUUAUGGAUCUGAAACAUAAAGGUAUAACCUGGGUUGGGAACUUUUUCCAGAAGCUUGAAGCUGUGUGCCAAGAGGUAGAUGAUAUUGUCAACAAGGAUACAGUAAAAUAUGUUGAAAACCAGUUGCAAACUAUGGGUGGAAGUGUGAAAAAGUUUUGUUCUGAUGUUGUUCAGGAUGUACUUCCUCCUUUAGUGGAUCCUGUUGAGUGUCAAGCACAAGUUGUGGCUCUGAAAAGCAAUGAUGCGAUUAACACCUAUUUGAAGGCAAUGAUGGGUGAUGAGGAAAAUCAUGUAGAUGUCAUCAAGCAGUCGCACGUGGAACCCAAUGCAGAUGAUCAUUUGAAGAAGCAGCUGCCAGACACUUCAAGUAAGCUUUGCCUUAUAAAUCAAAACAUACCUCCAACUUCUGUUGAUUGCCUUGAAGUGGAAGAGAUUGUCCCAUCUCCUCAAGAGAUUGAUGAUAUUAUGACAGAUGAAAACCCAAAUGUGAGUGCUGAAGAAAACGCCACAGAGGAGUCUUUAACUGAGGUGUUGGAGUUAUUUUCUCUGAAUGAUAAAGAGCCCUUUGGAGCAUCAUUUUCUUGUGAGUUCAGUGAAAGUAAUCAUCAAAAUACAUUUGGAGUUGUGACUGAGGUUCCGCCAGCAUCUUCAUUUCAUUGUGUGGAGUUCCAAUCCCCUCCGAAAAUGGGAACAGUUACUGACUGCCGUGAAGAAGACAGUCAGAGCAUGUCUGAUGUCUCAAGUAUGAAUACUUCUUCUGAAUCAGCCUUUUCAGUUAUAUCUGAUGAGAAAACUAUAGUGGAGAUGAAACUCGUGUGCUCUGGCAGUUCCCUAGCAGCAGAGUCUUGUAGCCUGCCUGGGAAAUUACCUGACAACUCCCUGUAUGCAGCAUCUUGUAAUAAUCAUGGGGAUUGUAUUUGUCAUAGUUCCAGUAAACUCCCCUCUUCUGCACCUGCCCCAGUUAUCCCCUGUAAGGAAAAGGCAGACAAAUUAGGACAUGAUUCUUCCAGCAGUAUCCUACUAGCGGAAUCCAUUGAGGAAGACACUUCCAGCAUUAGGGAAAUUCAAGAAUCAUCUGGAAAUAGGCAUAUUCAUUUCAGGGAAUCUGCUCAAGGACCUUCAUAUGACUUGAACAAAGAUAUUAAUGAUUCUAGCAUGGAAACUGUCAAAUUGUGUGAUGAGGUGAAGCUUGAUGAAAGCUGUGUCAUUGUAGAACCUAGUGAACUUUAUGCUGUCUCUCGCAGAGUCCGAAAGCUCAGAUCAUACAGGAAAAGGAUUCAAGAUGCGUUUGCUUCGAAAAAGAGAUUGGCAGAGGAAUAUGAACAGCUAGCUGUUUGGUAUGGAGAUGUUGAUAUGGGGUCUAGCAAAGACAGCUUGCAAUCUAUGCCUGCCACACCUUUAGAUUUGAAGAAUUUGCCAAUACAGCAGGCUUGCGACUCCGACUGGGAGUUUCUGUAGGUAAACAAAAACACCCGUGUAUAGCUGCAGUUGCCUUUGCAGAUGAAUAUGUCGGAUAUAUGCCAAUUUGUGUGAAUAAUCAUGGUUGAGGUUCUCAAUUUUAAUUGUACACGUAAUAAUAAGGCAGUAUUUAUGAGUGCUGUAAAUCUAGAUCGAAUGGUAUUAUUGUCUGGUUUUGUUGCCGGACAUGGCACCAACUUUGAGAUACAAUUUCAACAAGUAAUUAUACCCUUUUGCUAAUAAAGCAUAACAUUAGUACCGUUGGACGUA